UUGUGAACUGGUUCCGCCAUUUUGUUUUCUAAAAUAAAAAGACUGGUUCGUGUCCUGUUCUACUUGCUGUGAGUUGGCAGUUGGGUUAUUUCCUUGUGCUACGUAAUUUAAUUUUAAUUAUGUGUGUGUAAUUUGUACGUGAGAAAUCAGGGUAUACUUGUGAAAUUAUAAUCUACCUCACCGUGUUAUCAUUGAUAACUAAUGUGCUGUUGAAGAAGGUUUGGUAUGGUGAGAACAGCGGAAACUUUCACCGAGCAAGAUGGCAAAGGAAAUCGCAGAGGAGUAUGCAUCGAGCCUGGCAGAUCUUACCGUCAACAGCAAACCUCUUAUAAAUAUGCUAACAAUAUUAGCAGAAGAAAACAUCGACCAUGCCGGGGUUAUCGUUGAUACCGUGGAGAAACAUUUGGAGAAGGUUCAUCCAGACAUCAAGCUGCCAGUACUGUAUUUAGUUGAUUCUAUCAUCAAGAAUGUUGGUGGGGCAUACACACAGAAGUUUUCACAGAGCAUCGUAAAUAUGUUCACACGGACAUUCAAACAGGUUGAUGAAAAAAUAAGGUCUCAGAUGUUCAAACUGCGGGAGACAUGGCACGAUGUGUUCCCAGCCACAAAGCUGUAUCAGUUGGAUGUGAAAGUGAACCUGAUUGACCCAGCAUGGCCUAUCCAAGCGCAGCCGCAACAGUCUAACAUCCAUGUAAAUCCAAAUUUUCUGAAAAAGAAUGCUGCCGCUGCACCCACAACCAGUGCUGCAGCUACAGCAACCCUGACAGAAGAUGAAGAGAAGAUGCGCACCAUCCUCGCUAAGAAGGAACAGGAGCUUCUCAUGCUGCAAAGAAAGAAGAUUGAAAUGGAGCUGGAGAAAACUCGACGGCAGCUCGAGUUGGCAGAGAAAAAUGCUAAAUUGGUGGGUCCGAGCAAUGUGUCGGCGAUGCCAGUGGCAGUAGUGAACCCCGCGCCCGUCGUGACUGCAGCACCCGCCGCGACCCCCGCACCACCCGUCUCUGUCAAACAGCGGUUGGGACCGCCAGUGAACAAGCCGGCGGGAGGCCGCAUUGCGCCCGUCAGCGGAGCCCUCGUCACCGCGCGCCGCGACCCGCGCCUCGCACGUCGCCCUCCGCCACCGCAGCCCGCGCCCCUCGUGCCCCCCGUGUCACAAGUGUCUCACGUGCCCCUAGUGCCCCACGUGCCCCUCGUACCCAACGGCCCACCCAUAGCGCCCAACGUGUUCGACAUAAAGCCCCUCGACAGGGUCACCAAACGCAAGAACGUCAUCACGAUCGACGUGCGUCUUGACGCGGCCAAAGACCAGCGCCGUCGAGACCCCAGACUGUCCGACCGCGCGCGAGAGAGACGCGCCAAGAAGACCGACGAGGAGCGAGAGAGAAAGCGCGAGGAGCUCCGCCAGGAGAAAGACAAGGCGCGCGAUAACGCCGCAUACAAUAACAUCCGCACCGCCGUCGACGACUACAUGGAUCGACUGCAAAUAUCCGAUCCGAAAAAGAUCAACAAACUCCCGCCCAUCCCUAAAAUAAACAGGGAUGAAAAUAAAGACGACGACGAACCCGCGCCGACCAAAAAGAGAAAGGAGAAUCCUAAAGAGAGGCGGAAGAAGAAGGAACAGAACUCUAGCAAGGAGAGUUCCAGCAGCUCCUCGCCGGAGAAGCGCCUGAAGUCGAAAGAGACUAAGAAGAAAGCUAAAGCGAAGCUAGAAGUGGAGGAGGCGGCCCCUGUCGUGGCAGAAACGGUGGCAUUCAAAGUGCUAAAGAAUUUCAACAAGGACAACUACAUGUGCCGGAAUAAAAAGAAAUCCGAGAGUCCGGAGCGCGAGUCAGAAGAAAAGUCGGAAGACGCGAAAGCUAAUAGUGAACCAACAAAUAUGCUCGACGUUGUCAUGGAGACAAAGGACGUUGACCUUAGGGUCCUGCAGCCGGUGCUAGAAGCCAGUGCUGCUGCGGUCGCGCAGAAGAGACCCUCCACUGAAACAGUUGAAGGGAAACCUAAGAAGAAUAAACUAGAUAAAUUUGAUAUCUUAUUUGGCAACGAAGAUGUGGAUCUUCGUCAAUUACCACAAGUAGACGAGUUGGUGCCUCCCCCUCCGCCCACCAUUACCGAGUCUCCUAAAGUAGACAUUUCCCUCGAUGACGCCGAGGAUGACGGCCCAAUCUCCACCAGCUCUCCCAAACAGAAAGACUGGCACGAGGUUAAGGAGAAGAAAGAUGAAACAAAGAAAACUCCUUCUAAACUGGACCUCGUUAGAGCAAAGCUAGCUGAAGCUACGAAAGGAAAAGACCGAUUAGGUCGACCUCUACUGUUCAGCAAAUCGCCAAAAGCCAGAGUGAAUGACCUGUAUAAAAGUUUACACAAUGUCUUUAUUCACACACUAACAGGUAUUGAGAGGGAGAGGCGGCGCACGCUCAGCUCCGACGAUGGGGACCACAAGUCCGACAGCGGGGACGAUUUUACGCCCGAAGACCACAAGAAGACCAUAUCGAUUAUCAUGUCCCAGGCGAAGGAACAGUUCAGCGACGGCAAACUGGACAAGAACCAGUACAACACUCUGAUGUACCAAGUGCUGCAGCUCAACGAGAAGCUCAAGUUAAAAGAGGCCAAGCAGAGGGAGUCGCUCGAACUGUCCAAGCGGAAGCUGAAAGCGCACAUCGACGAAGAAAACCACAAGGUCCCCAGUCCCAAGACCUCGCCCUCGGAUUUGAAUAACUUCGGCGACAUAGAUGAGAGAGUCGCUCCCUCCGCGUACCUCGACACUCCGCCCGACAGCCAGAAUUUCAUGCAGGAUUCCGAUAUGAGAAUGAACCCGAUAGGAUCCGACGCGGCCGACGGCAAGGCGCAGGGCCUUCUACCCCUGCCCCCCAUGAUGCCCAUGUACAUGGGCCCCUACCCAAUGUGGCGGGGACAGGCGAGACCGCGCAUGGAAGAAUUCGGACCCCGAAGAUUUAGAGGUCCGAUGCCACCGUUCUUUAGGGGCAAAUUCGAUAAGAGGGCGCAACCGAGGCUACCUUUCGAUCCUCGCCUACCGCUGCCGUUGCCUACGCCCAAGCUGGGAAUGUGUCAGGGCGAGAGCCCGCUGCAACCCUACGAACGAGCGGAGUCGCCGCCACCCAUCGGCACGCCAGGACACACCGUCCCGCCGACUAACGUUCAAAUCCUCGAAUACAUCGACCAAGAUCCAGUCAAGACUAUUCAGAUUGACGGAGUGCCCAGAGAGAUCAGAUUUUACGGGGAAACCGCAGUCAUUAUGUUGGACUGGGACGACCCGCGCGAGAUCAAGUUCCUGCCGGGCUGCAGGCGGGUGACGUUCGACAACAAGGACUCCGUGAUCCUAAACUUCAACGAGGGUUACAAGCAGGUGGAGAUUGACGAUCAAGUGUUCGACAUUAGAUUCGGUGCACCUACAAGGGAGCUGUACAUCAAUGGGAGAUGGUACGAGUGCUUCUUCGGUGGACAGCCGCUGGGCGUGCUCAUAGACGGCAAGCCGAGACUGUUGCACUUGGAGGGACCGCUUCCACAAGUCGAUAUCGGUAAAAAGAAGCGAACUGAUCUGGUGGCUGGAAAAAUAAACCUGAUUAUAAACGCGACUCAGAUGUGUCCCGUGUACCUGGACGCUAAAGUACAAAAGAUAAUGAUAAACGGUCAGUUUUUCACGCUGCGCUUCGUUGAUGCCCUGAGGACAGUUUUGAUCAAUGAGAAACCUUUUAAAGUCGAGUUCGGAGAUCUUCCGAGACCAAUAUUUAUAGGAAAGGAGAAGUUCUUUGUGAGAUUCUCCGCACUGCCGCGUCAUAUCAAGCCGGGACAGAUUGAAAUCGCAGACAUGGAAGGCGUGUCGGUGCCCGCCAGCUUGCCCGCACCGGCGCCCGACAGCCCGACCAGAAUCGAUAAAGAUUCUGAGGAAGCAGACGAGGAACCAAUAGCCAGACCUAAGAAAUCACCAAGUCCCGACGGGGAGAACCAAGGUCUGGACAUGUUAGCAAGUUUAAUGCCAUCCAGCAUGGCACCAGCAUCAGGGUCGGAGUACAGCGUCGCCGAGCCGAUGUUCAGCAAGACUGACAAGAUCCCGGGUCUGGAGACUCCCGCUGAAGAGAAACCAGCUCCACUGCCCAUACUUGGCAAUAUCAAUAUAAACGAUCUAUUCGCUAAGCUAGUCGCUACCGGCAUAGUACAAGUCGCUAAAGAUACCAAAGAAGAUAUUAAAACUGAUGAAAUGAUACCUAAACAAGAUAAGAAUAUCAUACGUCAAGUGGAUCUACUUAAACCGGAAACGUUGAAAAUCAAGCAGCCGGCGCUGGUGACGCGGCUGUACGGCGGCAUGCAGUGCAGCGGGUGCGGCGCGCGCUUCCCGCCGGAGCACACGGUGCGCUACUCGCAGCACCUCGACUGGCACUUCCGUCAGAACCGCCGCGAGCGCGACUCCGCGCGCCGGGCUCACUCGCGCGCCUGGCACUACGACCUGCCCGACUGGCUGCGAUAUGAGGAGCUGGAGGAACUCGACGAGAGAGAAAAGAACUGGUUCGAGACGAACGCGCCGGCAGCGGAGAGCGGGUCUGGAGGCGAGGUGGCGGUGGAGGCGCCGAGCGCGGCGGCCGGAGCACCCGCGGCGCAGCACUGCGCACUCUGCGGAGACCUCUUCCUGCAGUUCUACAACGAGGACCGUGAGGAGUGGCAUCUCAGGAACGCCGUGCGACAUAAUGACCUGCAUUAUCAUCCGCUCUGUCUCGCUGACUACAAAGCGUCUCUGGCUAAAGAAGAGCCAGAGGAAGAAUCAGAAGAGGCUAGUGGAGAGGUAGAAAAGACGGAGCCGAUAGAGGUAGACACAGAGGAGGUGAAGCUGGCCUCCGAUGACGAGUCUGAUGUGGAAGUCCUCGAGGUCAAGGAGCCCGUAGUUGAAGCUCUAGAGAUAGAAGAAGGUUCGUGCUCCGAGUCUGAGGACGACGAUGUGGUGCUGAAGGCGGAGCCGGUGGAGCAGGUGGUGCUGGAGGACGCGGACACGGAUGACGAGACCAACGAGGCGCGGCGUCAGCGCGACAUCGCCGCUGCAGACUUUGCCAACGUGCGCGUUAAGCAGGAACCUAUAGACCCCGAUGAUGAACCAGUAAUAACAGUGGACGAGGAUCGUCUCCCCACCGCCAUAGAGACUACGCACACCACUGUCACGUCCUCCAUCGACGGCAACGUACAACUGGAGACACCGACCGCUGUCAUACCCAUCGGAGGCAUCAGAAUUAACAUCACCAAGACAAUACCAGCCGCUGUCACCCAGGAGCCCUCCCUGGAGGAUGUCUGCACUGAUGAUGAACCCCUACCUCCCGGUGAGGAACCGGAGCUUGAGUACAAGUUGAAACCUAACCUAGAAGGUGUUCAGUUCAGUAGACAACCACCGGUGCACAAAGGUAAUGAAUUAUCAGGACUUUGUUCUAUUAUGUGAAAAAUGUUUGCAUUCAAAGGGUUACUAUUUUCAUGUAAUUUGAAAUGCAAAACAUUGAUCAUUAAAUAGAAAAAAAAGCGAUUAAAGACAUCAAAAUGUGUUUCAAAUGUUAUUUAAGGUCUUAGGUUAAUUUGGAUCAAAGUAAAAUAUGAAUGAUUUAAUUGUUUGCAUUAUUCCUAGAUAUUGUCUUAAUCAAAAAUACGUAAGGAACUUACCUAACUUGACACAACUAGAGCGAUUUAGAAAAAAAAAUCUAGAAAAGUGUAUAGUGUUAAUUCCUAGUAUAAAUGCAUUGGUAUAUUUUUGUUCUAUAAGUUAAUUUAAUCUAAAAUCAACUAAGUUAAUCAAAUCAAGAUUUUCUUAAAUCAUAGUAAUACUUGUAAAAAAAUAUAUUUUAAUAUGUUCCCAUUAUUUAAGGUUUAUCAUACAGUACAUCUUUGUUUACUCCAGAUAAUUAAACUGAAAAGUAAAAAAAAAUUAUGCUUAAAAGG